CAAUUCACCUGCUCUGUGGUGCCUCUUGAGGUAUCGCCAUCAUCUUUGACCAGGCGAAAUCCCUCUGCUCUCUCACGCUCUCUAGGGAUAACGCCAUCCGCACACCCUUCUCGGUUGCUGUUGUCUGCACAUACUCGAUCUACCUGCUGCAGUCUCCUGCAAGUCGCAUGCAACGAGUUCCUCCCAUCGCUUCCUCCGGCCCAGUUUGCACUCCUGGUUCGCAAGGAACCCGCGUCCGUGGCUCCAGCCCUUGUUCGGCCGUUCCCAACUUCCCAUGUCACCUUGCCAUGUCGCAUCUCUCUUCCCAACUGCCGGGAUCAUACUGCUGACGCCUGGCUAAGCUGAUCUUUUUCCUCUUCACAAGUAGCUCGUAGCUCUUUGCCUCUUCCUCCUUCUCCUCGUACCCUUAAAACUCGCACGUCCUACGUGCUCGCGCAUGCUCUCCGUCAUCCUGUGCCUGGAGUCUGUUCCGAACUCUUCCUCCUUCUUGUCCUCGUCCCUGCGCCUCGUCCCUCCUCCUCUCCUACACCUCCGUCUCUUCUCUUCUUCAUCCGCCGCUCUGCCACUUGAGCGUCCGUGAUCCGUCCCACCAUAUCGUCACACCAGUAUACCAUUACGCCAUUGCCAUCGAUAUCAUCACCCACCCGCAUCGCGAAACUCCGUCGCCUCUACCCCUCCAUUUCCCAGUGUCACCCGGCGCAUCGCCGCGACUCAAUUGGCGCGCCAUGGAUAAAGACCUUCGCCAACCCGAGCCCACGUCCAACGACAAGGGCUCCUCCGAGCUCGCCUUUGCCCACGCCGAUGCCGAGACGGGCGGCUCCUCCGGCUUCAGCGCCUGGUUCGGCGGCCGCAACACAAAGGUCGGCCCGCGGAUUGCGCCUCGCAAGGAGGGUGUCGGAGAGGGCUCCGACAGCGAAGACAGCGCCGAUGCCAUCUUGACCAAGCAGCUUGCCGAGGAGAACAGCCAUGCGAUCAAGUACAGGACGUGCAGCUGGCAAAAGACGGCCGGCCUGCUGUUUUCCGAGUACAUUUGUCUGGCCAUUAUGAGUUUCCCGUGGUCGUAUAGUAUUCUUGGACUGGUGCCCGGAUUGAUCCUCACUGCCGUCAUCGCGCUCGUUGUGCUCUACACAUCUUUGGUCCUUUGGCAAUUCUGCAUGAGACACCCCGAAGUUCGCGACGUCUGCGAUAUCGGCCAGAUGCUGUUCUGGGGAAAGACAUGGGCCUGGUACGCUACGGCUGUCAUGUUCAUUCUGAACAACACUUUCAUUCAGGCUCUACACGUGCUCGUUGGCGCCAAGUAUCUCAACACAAUGACCGAAUCCGAUCCCGUCGUCUGCAGAACCGUCGUCUUCUCCAUUGUCGUCACCAUCAUCUGCUGGCUCUGCUCGCUGCCUCGCACUUUUGACGCCCUUUCGAAAGCCGGAACCGCCUCCGCUGCCUUCACCUUCAUCUCAGUGCUUCUGGCGACCAUCUUCGCCGGCAUCCAGGCGCAUCCCGCCGGCUACGACCCCCGAUCAACGUAUGUCGACGAGACUACAGGCACAACAAAGACUGGAGGCGCCCCGAUUGUCACGGCCAUCCCCAUUGCUGCCACGACUUUUGUCUCCGGAAUGAAUGCAUUCCUGAACAUCAGCUACACCUUCAUCGGCCAAAUUACGUUGCCCAGUUUCAUUGCGGAGAUGAAGGAUCCGAGGGACUUCCCCAAGGCCCUCUGGGCUGUCACCAUUGGCGAGAUCAUCGUCUUCAGCAUUGUCGGAGCUGUCGUCUACGCCUUCGUCGGAAACCAAUACAUGACUGCACCCGCCUUUGGCUCCCUCGAGGAAGUCUAUAAGAAGGUUUCCUUCUCCUUCAUGAUCCCGACUCUCGUCUUCCUCGGUGUCUUGUACGCCAGCGUUUCGGCUAGAUUUCUCUUCUUCCGUCUCUUCAAGGGCACCAAGCACUUGCACGAGCACACCAUUGUCGGCUGGGGUUCUUGGGCCACCAUUCUCCUUGCCUUGUGGCUUUUGGCAUUCUUGAUUGCCGAACUUAUCCCCUUCUUCUCUUCCCUCCUUUCACUCAUGUCGUCUCUGUUCGAUUCAUUCUUCGGCUUCAUCUUCUGGGGCGUCGCCUACUUCCGCAUGCGAGGCGCCGAUAAUCGCGCCGGCGUCCCCAAGCCUGGAAAACUUGCCGAUCUUGCGACGAUGGGUCUCAACAUCAUCAUUAUUCUCACCGGUCUUUUGUUCCUCACUGCCGGCACAUACGCCAGUGUCGAAGGCAUCAUUGAAGAGUUUAGAGCGGGCACCGUCGGCAAGCCUUUUGGCUGUGCUAGCAACGGGCUUUGAACGGGGCCCAGCAUCAGUUGCCUUUGUGCUAUUGUAAAAGAUUGACACAUCACCCGGAGCAUCGCUACAUGCUCAUAAUCAGUACUAUCGGAGGUAGAGGAGAACUAAAGCAACGAUACCAUAGUGUUUAUUACCACGUACUUUUGGCUAUGAAUAGACCAAUACGCAAUCUCCUGAUUCAUCUUUCGAACUCUCACUGGUGAUGUCGUCAAUCGUGGAGACCCAAUGGUAUUGCAGUGCGCAAAUUAUCUACUUCAUGC